GUUGUUCUGGCAGCAUCCAUCUGCACGCGCGGCGGCAAGGCCGUCCUCUCUCGCCAGUUCCGCGAGAUGCAGCGAUCGAGAAUCGAAGGCCUUCUUGCAUCCUUCCCCAAGCUCGCCGACAGCGGUACUCAGCACACAACCGUCGAGCAAGACAAUGUCCGCUUCGUCUACCAGCCCCUUGACGAGCUAUACAUGGUCCUCAUCACCAAUCGCCAAUCCAACAUACUCCAGGACAUUGACUCGCUACACCUCUUCGCCCAGGUUGUCACCAGCAUCUGCAGAAGUCUGGACGAGCGCGAGAUUCUGCGCAAUGCUUUCGAGCUUCUGAGCGCCUUUGAUGAGCUGGUUACUUUAGGCUACCGUGAGAACCUUACCCUGAGCCAGAUCAAGACUUUCCUCGACAUGGAGUCGCACGAAGAGCGUAUUCAGGACAUCAUCUCAAGGGUACGCCCAUCAUGUGCCUAUCUAAAACACCACAUGCUCACACACCAUCUANNGAACAAGGAACUCGAAGCCACCGAGGAGCGCAAGAGAAAGGCCAAGCAACUCGAGAUGCAGCGCAAGGAAGCCACUCGUUCUGGUCGCAACAUACCCAGCGCGCCCUCAUAUCCAACCUACACCCCGCCGCCUACUCAACCCGCCGUCACCGAUACCUACGACUCCUACAAUGCCGAGAAGAACAAGUCCUUCCAAAAGUCUCUUCCUGCCCGAAGCAAGGGCAUGCAGCUCGGAAAGAAGACAAAGACGACGUCCAUGUUCGAGCAAGUCCGUGGCGAUCUCGGUCCCGAGGCAGAGGCUCCNCUCGUCCCUUCAGCUCCCGCUGUCAGCGCCCCCGUCCAAGCCGCCGCUCCUGCCGUUUCUUCAGACCGCGAGGGUCUUCACAUCACAGUUGCCGAGACCAUCUCAGCCAAGCUCAGCCGAGAGGGCUCUCUCGAGUCGUUCGAAGUCAAGGGUGAUCUCCAACUCCGCAUCACCGAUCCUUCCCUCACACAAGUCCAACUCGCUCUCGCAUUGGGUGACACCCGCGGCGCACAACUCAACUCGCAUCCCAAGGUUGACAAGGCUGUUUUCAAGAACGACAAGAUCAUUCAACUCACCGACACUUCAAAAGGAUUCCCUGCAAACAACUCUAUUGGUGUUAUGCGCUGGAGACUGGCUGCAAAGGCUGAAGAUAUUAGCGANCCCCCAAUCACUUUCACUGCUUGGGUAAACGAGACUGGAUCUGGCACAUACAACAUCACCCUCGAGUACGAACUCACUGGUGGAGAUGCGCUCAACGAUGUUACUGUCUCGAUACCCUACCAAACUAGCGAGCCUUCUGUUUCUAGCUUCGAUGCUGUGUAUGAAGUGUCUGGCGACAGCAUUGACUGGACUAUUGGGGAUGUGGAUGACACUAAUGCCAACGGCAGCUUCGAGUUUGAGGCUCAGGCAGAGAGCGAAGCCGAGUUCUUCCCCAUGAGCGUUACUUUCGCAAAGACCAGACCAUACGUUGAAGUCGACGUCUCAUCCGUAACUUUGUUGAACAUGGGCCAGGACAUCUCUUUCUCAAAGGACAUCAAGUCGGUGGCGGACGGAUACCAGGUGGUGUAA